AUGGCGCUCAACGGUGACGAAGUGGGGAAGAAUUCUCUCGUCAGCGCUGAAGUCGGUGAAUGCUGUCGAGUUGAAGACGGAGUAUUUGUAAGCGGUAAAUUUAGCGGGGAAACCCCACGGAAAGAUCUGCUUGCCCACAAAACUGAUACAUGCGGAGCCGGACUUGGGCCGCAUGGGGCGGACAAAGAUCGUCCCAGUGGUCUAGCACACGGCGAGGAGAAUGAGACCGAUGCCGUCAGGAACUUCAGCUUCGACGAUGGAGUGGACAUGUGGCCACUGGAGGGCCUGCCCUGGUUAAGUGUGAGGAGCGUCGCCGACCAUAGCCGCGACCUUGUCAUGUUGACAGUCGGCUUGUGA